GCGGGGGUGACACCUAAACAUUUCUCAAUCCUCGCAAGCACCGAGAUGCUGGUUCUUUGAACACUUCAAACUAACGAAUCUCCACUCAAACGCCCACUGGACACUGGUUUUGACUUCUGCGAGAAGUGCUUCCGAACAUACGUAGUACGUCGCAGGACCAGGAAGCAUCGAGGGAGUUUAUAAUGAAAUUCCAGGCUCUCUUUUCCAGACUCUCAAUUUCCUUCUCUUAUUUUUCCUCCAAUGCGCUCAACAUAACCAUUACACGACCGAACGAUCCCUUCAUCGUGGGUCACCCAUUAUCUCAUGCCCAAUCGGACGCCGACGAAAUUGUCCGCCUUUUCAAUAACCUAGGCCGUACAACCACCUGGAAGCUCAUUGAAAAAAUCCCCUUCGAAGGCGAUACCUACGAGCCUGAAGGCAUUGUCCGCCUCGGACCUGAGCGCUACAUUGUAAGUGCCGGCGAAUACACAGCACCGACGAUCAAGUACAACCAAACGACGAACGGCACCGAUCGCAGCGCCGGAGCCGGCUUCGCGCAUCUGCUCGUUUUCAACAACCAGGGGCAGCGUAUCGCCGACGCGACCCUAACGCGGCGCGGCGACAUCGAGUACCACAUCGGCGGGCUCGACUGGGACGGGCAGGCGCUGUGGGCGACGCUCGCGCAGUAUCGGCCUAACACGACGGCGGCGGUAGUCAGGGUCGAUCAGGGGAUGGAGCCGACGACGGUUCUCCGCGCCAGGGAUCACCUCGGCGGCAUCGUGCAUGAUGUUGAAGGGCAGAGGGUCACGGCGCUGAACUGGGGCGGGCGGAACGCGACGACGUGGACGUUAUUGGACGGCGCUGCUCUGCCUGUCGGACCAGAGACGCCGCGGCCUCCGUCUGACGACGCGCUUUGGGCCGCGCCUGUCAGCACUGUCCGGAAUCCGAGCUUCUUCGUCGACUAUCAGGACUGCAAGUUCCUCGGUCGCACGGCGUACUAUCAGCAUCGAACGACGGUGAUGCUAUGCGGUGGCGUCGCGACCGUUGGAUCUGGUGACCGUUCUUACAACCUUGGCGGCCUCGCGUUGGUGGAUGCGGCGACGAUGGCCCCGUUGGCCGAAGUCCCUGUCACCAUGACGAGCGACAAGGGUGUACCCUUGACGCAGAACCCGGUCGACGUCGCCGUUGUCGAUGGCCAGUUGCGGGCGUACUUUUUGCCGGACCAAAGGAACAGUACGCUGUAUGUGUAUGAGGCGCAGGCGGAUAGCCCGUAUCAGUACUGAGACCGUGGUGGAGACGUUGAAGAAUGGAUUGUAACGGGAACACGAACAUGUUUGGUUGCGGGGGUGCUCUUUCUAGAACACUUGAGGGGAACAGCCAUGCCGAGCUUGCAGCUGUCAAGCUAGUGCUAUGCAACGCGAUGUGAGUUGCGCCGGGAAAUGAGACGGCCGGUCAAACAGGGUCUGGUCGAGCUGACUGGCCAAUUUCCGACUUCACGAACUGCUUCGUAUGGAUUUACGGAAUAUUUAUUUUGUUUUGGCACUA